AUGAGUCUGGAUUCGUUAUGUGACAUCCUCAACAAGACAGGCCCGUCUCAGCAACCUAACUUCAAGGCCGGCAACUUGAACACGUCUACAGGUGCACCGUCCUACGUCAGCAGCACCCACUGGGUCGCCAUUCUCGACAGCAUCUCUGAGAUGAAGAAUGAAGUCCAAUCAGAGAGCGAUAACCCGUCACCAAAUUCUGAUGAUAGCCCUGCCAGGGAUCCAGUCGAGAAACCUGCACUUCUCUUUGGACAUCAAGAGAACAUUUCGAGGGAAGAUGUCCUUGCUGCCAUGCCACCUAGGCCUGUGGUAGACCGUUUGGUAUCUGAGUACUUUACUGACCUCGAUAUGAUGCCACAUAUCGCAUGUCUUCAUACACCAACCUUUUUCCGACAGUAUGAGAACUUUUGGUCCAACCCUGACAGCGCUUCCAUCAUGUGGCUGGGGUUCUUGUACUCCAUGAUGUGUCUAUCAGCACAUUUCAGCCCAGCAAACAUGCUGGCUGAACCUGAUGUAGAAAACACCCAGAUGCGCACCGCAAGACCUCUUUACAUCGAUCAAGUGGUCCAGUGUCUGUCCCUGGCAGAUUACAGUCGAGGAGGCCCGUACGUCAUCGAGACCCUUCUACACUACUUCACCAUCGAACACAUCAGACGGCCAGACACUGAAGUUGACACUUGGUUGGUUCUGGGUGUCAUUCUACGUCUUGCCUUGCGGAUGGGAUAUCAUCGGGAUCCAGCACAAUUCCCCAAGCUGAGCCCCAUUGAGUGCGAGAUUCGAAGACGAGUGUGGGCAACUUUAUACAUCUCAGAUAUCAUGGUGUCGAUGCAAAUCGGAGUACCGAAAAUGGUCCAAGAGGGUCAAUGGGACACUCGCGAUCCUUUGAACCUCAGCGAUGAGGACUUUGACGAAGACACCAUCGAACUUCCACCCUCCAGAGGCGACGAUCAACAAACGCCCGUCUUCUUCAUCAUAGCGAGGUACAAGAUGGCAAAAGUGAUGGGCGUCAUGGCUGACAUUAUAAACGCUACCCAGUACGACCCGGUCAAGGCUGCCGGAGCCGCCGGGUUACUCAAAGCCACCUACGAUUCCCUUCCCUUGGUCCUCAAGCUGGGGUCUGGUGGGCCUAACGACCAUCCCCGAACUAUCAUGCACCGUUACGUCUUGGCCAUUCAGCUACAUCAAGCGGAGAUGCUUGUUCAUCUUCGUUGCAUGGCGACGCCGCCUCAACAAGACGAUUUUGCUCGGCCGGACAGUUCUCUCAACAUCUUGUUGAAUGCAGCUCUCAAACUUCUGGAGUAUAGAGGUUUGCUCGACCAGGUGGCACAACCAGGUGGACCGCUGUGGCUAGUGAGAUGGAAGCUGUCAUCUACUCUUACCCACGAGUUUCUCUUAGCUACAGUGGUUCUGUCCAAGGCUCUAUUCUCGACACUGGGACCUCAUCCGCUCGUUCAAGCAGGAACAGACAUGAAAGUCCGUAUCCUGUCAACACUCAGAAAGACUCAUGAGCUUUGGCUCCGGUCCAAAAAUCGAUCAAGUGAGGCGAGACGAGCAGCGGACCUGUUGACGUCUCUGUUCCACGCUCUUGAUCCAACUCCUAGCAUGGAACCAACCAACCCAGAUGGGUCCGUUAUAGACUUGGAGACAUACCUCGGCUUGAACUUGGAUGGCUUGUUGCCUGGGUGGUUUUUGGAUUAA